AUGUCGGACUCAGAUGAAAGCAUUGACCCAGAUCUCCAGGUACUGACACCGGAGGAAAUGCUUCGACAUGGGAUGCUGUUAGUGGGUUGGAAGGAGAAGCAGCUUAAGAGAAAAUCCAAGAAGCGAUGGGACAAAUGGUGCAAUUUAUUUGCUGCAGACUUUGGUGCUCGGCCCCACGUGUUGUGCCAAAUCUGGGAGGAUCUGCAGACAACCGAUGUUGCCGAGGCCUAUUUGCAACCAGCUGAACGUAACCUGGAUCACUUCCUCUACACCAUGCACUUCUUGAAGGCAUAUCCCACAGAGAAACAGCGGCAGAACAAAUGGCACAUUUGUGAUCGAAUUUUGAGAGAUACAGGGUGGCUGAUAGCAGGAAAGAUUGCUGCCAUGAAAAUAUUUAAAAUUGUUUGGCUAGAUACGGAAGAUGAUAUCUGGGUUGGUUCGGUUGACGGCACACAUAUCAAAUCAUGGGAACCCACACACGACAAAUAUCCCAAAGAUAGGACUGCAUUCUCUUUCAAGCAUCACUCCUCUGGUUUCAACUGUGAAAUUGCCCUUUCUUUGAAAGAGAGCAAAAUUAUUUGGAUUAAUGGCCCCUUCAAAGCAGGUACAAAUGAUAUCAAGAUGUUCACAUCUGAGGGAGGCCUAGCCGACAAACUCCGCGAGACAGGACAGAGAGUAAUUGCUGACCACGGCUACAAAGGUCAUGAUGAUGCUAUUAGUAGGCCCAAUUCGCUUGAUUCAGCCGAGGUUUCCAAAUUCAAGAACCGAGCACGAUCACGACAUGAGGCCGUGAACGGCUUGCUAAAGCACUUCAAAUGCACCGAUUCAAGCGGUUUUCGCCAUGGAAUUGAGAAGUUUAGCAUAUGCUUUGAAGCAUCGGCCGUCGUCACCCAAUAUCGAAUGGAAUUGGGUGAGCCAUUGUUUGAAAUCUAG